UCGGCUUCUACCUGCAGUACUACGCGAAAUGGCCGUCGCUGUUUCAGGUUGCUGAGGACCAGCACGGCAACAUCAUCGGCUACAGUAGGGCUGACCCGUCGUCUAUCAUCCGAUUCCCGACCGUCUGUGGCUGACCGUGGCUCCCCGCAGUCAUGGGAAAGCUCGAGUCGUCGCCCGACGUCUACCGCUUCUCGGAGCACUACCUGCCCUGGCACGCCCAUAUCACGGCCGUCACCGUGGCCCCCGAAGCCCGCCGCCUCGGCAUCGGCAAGCUGCUGACCGAGCAGCUCGAGGUGGCCGCUGACGCCGCUGAUGCUUGGUUUGUCGACCUGUUUGUGCGCGUCAGCAACCACAAGGCCAUUGCCUUCUACAAGAGCAUGGGCUACAGCGUCUUCCGUGUGGUUAAGGACUACUAUGGCGAGCAUUCGACCGACCCCACCCUUUCGAGCGAGGACGCCUACGACAUGCGCAAGCCCAUGAAAAGGGACGUCAAGGGGGAACAUGUAAGGGAGGAUGGCGAGAAGCACGAGGUCGAUCCGAGCGAUGUGUGGUGAAGAGCAUCCAAAAGAACUGCGUCAUUGGGACACGGUGAGGGCGAAACAUAAUUCGCCAUACAACGCUUCC